GCGGCGUUUCGUCACAAACUAGUCAGCGGGUGAGCCCGAGAUCCACUCUUGCUGCGGCGAGGCACAGCCACUCGGACUACGGAAGUCCGCGGGCGUCGAACGAGGUCGGCCGUCUACUACGUGUGCGACACCCGCCGCGAUCGAUUGCGCGCGCCGUUCUCGAACCCACCGGUGGUGUGGCCUCCUUUACUGCGUGCUCGACCGGGUUCUCUGGCUGCUGCUUGCUGCUGCUCCGGUGGAGAUCCGAAAGGAGUUCUUUCUGAACUAACCACCAAGAGAGGCGUGUGGCGAUGCAGUCCUCGUCCGUUGCCGUGUCUUGUCUCGUGGCGGUCGCCUGCCUGCUGCCCGCCGCCCUGUGGGCCUACCCCUCGGGCGCGCCCGUCGGAGUGUGCAACAGCGAGCUGCCCAAACACGGCGGAGCCGAGCCCCAAGCCACGCAGUCCCCGUACGCCAUCCAGGCCACUCCGACGAGCAUCAACCAGGGAGGACGCGUCACCGUGCAAGUGUACGGCAGCACUCCGUUCAAGGGCGUCAUCCUGACGGCCCGUGACGUACACACCAGCCAGCUGCUACAGGGAACGUUCACCCCCGACGCCCAGACCAAGACUCUAGACUGCCCCGGAGGGAACGCGAAUGCCAUCACUCACAACAGCAGGGACGAGAAGACGCAGGUCGUGGUGACCUGGACUGCUCCAGCAGGCUACACUGGGCAGGUGUACUUCAGUGCCACCGUGGUGCAGUCUUCUUACGUCUUCUGGAAGGGCAUCACCUCCGACGCUGUGUUCGUCCAGUGAUAAAAAAUAAUAAUAAUAAAAAAGAAAGAAACAGCGCGA